AACUCUAUCAGAACCCUCUAGUUACGAACCUACACUAUCAUUUUCCACUUCCUUUUCGUUCUCUUGCAACGGUUAAACACCUCUGUUAUUUACUUCUUCUUUAUAUUUAGUGGGUUUCCGUGUGUUCAAUCUCAUGGGUCCUCUCCCUCGUGUUAUUGACUGUUUACUUUUCUGGAUUCGAAGCUCAUUUUAGUGGUUUCCGCUAGAUUUAAGAUCUGGGUUUUGUGGAGCUCCUUUAUAGUAACUUGUGCUUGUAAGUUCUCUGUUCUUUAGAGAGUUUUGUAGAGAGAGAAAGUUCGAGUAAGAAAGAGAUCAAUGGCAGGAGGAGGAGGAGGAGGAGGUGGUGGGGGUGGAAAAGCAGAGGAGCCACAGCCACACCCACCGAAGGAUCAGCUACCCAACAUCUACUACUGCAUUACCAGUCCACCUCCAUGGCCUGAAGCUAUCCUUCUUGGGUUUCAACACUAUCUUGUGAUGCUUGGCACUACGGUUCUUAUCCCCACUGCUCUGGUUCCCCAAAUGGGAGGUGGAAAUGAGGAGAAGGCAAAGGUGAUCCAAACCCUACUCUUUGUUGCUGGUUUGAACACGUUGCUGCAGUCAUUAUUUGGGAGUCGGCUGCCUGCGGUCAUUGGAGGGUCAUAUACCUUUGUCCCGACCACAAUUUCUAUCAUCCUUUCUGGUCGAUUCAGCAAUGUUGCAGACCCUAUAGAGAAAUUUAAGAGGAUAAUGCGAGCAAUCCAGGGUGCUCUUAUUGUUGCUUCUACUCUUCAGAUUGUCCUAGGCUUCAGUGGCCUGUGGCGCAAUGUUACAAGGUUCUUAAGUCCACUUUCAGCUGUUCCUUUGGUAGCAUUAGUUGGAUUUGGGCUUUUCGAGUUAGGUUUUCCUGGGGUUGCAAAAUGUGUGGAGAUUGGGCUGCCAGAGCUUAUUAUAUUAGUUUUUAUUUCACAGUACAUGCCCCAUUUGCUACAUUCUGGAAGACACUUCUAUGACCGGUUUGCGGUCAUUUUCUCCGUGGUGAUUGUUUGGAUCUAUGCUCACCUACUCACUGUAGGUGGGGCGUAUAAUGGUGCAGCACCAAAAACACAAGCAAGCUGUCGUACUGAUCGUGCUGGACUUAUAAGUGGUGCUCCAUGGAUACGAGUUCCAUAUCCCUUUCAAUGGGGAACUCCUUCCUUUGAUGCUGGUGAAGCCUUUGCCAUGAUGAUGGCUUCUUUUGUUGCUCUUGUAGAGUCCACCGGUGCUUUCAUUGCGGUAUCAAGGUUUGGAAGUGCGACUAUGUUGCCACCUUCCAUUCUCAGCCGUGGAGUUGGUUGGCAGGGAGUUGGCAUCCUAAUUUCUGGGUUGUUUGGAACUGUGAAUGGGUCCUCAGUAUCUGUAGAGAACGCUGGUCUUUUGGCCUUGACUCGUGUGGGUAGCCGAAGGGUUGUGCAAAUAGCUGCUGGAUUCAUGAUUUUCUUUUCCAUUCUUGGGAAAUUUGGAGCAGUCUUUGCUUCAAUCCCAGGACCCAUUGUUGCUGCCCUGUACUGCCUUUUCUUUGCUUACGUGGGUGCGGGGGGCCUUAGCUUUCUUCAGUUCUGCAACCUAAACAGCUUCAGAACAAAGUUCAUCUUGGGUUUCUCUGUCUUCAUGGGCUUGUCUGUGCCACAGUACUUCAAUGAGUACACUGCCGUCAAUGGCUAUGGUCCAGUCCACACAGGCGCAAGAUGGUUCAACGAUAUUGUAAAUGUCCCUCUAUCAUCAGAAGCUUUCGUUGCGGCCUGCUUGGCAUAUUUCCUAGACAACACUCUGCAUCGGAAGGAUAGCGGAAUCAGGAAAGACAGAGGUAAACAUUGGUGGGACAAGUUCAGAACCUACAAGAGUGAUCCAAGGACCGAUGAGUUUUAUUCGCUACCCUUCAAUCUGAACAAGUAUUUCCCAUCUGUGUGAGACAAGCAUCGCUAAGUUAUAAGAUCUUCUUAUCAGAAAUUACUCUAUUGAAAGUUCUCUAAAGCACUUUGUCGGUUCAGUGAUCAUGUUAUAAAUUGUUGUUAUUUCCAUUACCUGUGAAUCUUGUUACAUGCUACAGCAGUAUAAGAUAGUGUUUUCCUUUAUAGGAUGCCUUAGAACAUUUAUUUGAUCGUUCUCUUUUCUGUAAAUCCAAUGGCAGAACCAACCAGGUUUGAACUAGUUAUGAAGCAGUUUUAUUUCUCUCCA